ACCUUUGCGAGUUGAGAUUUUGGGGCUCUGAUCAGCAAACUCAGAAAAUGGAAGAAGAUCAUGGAGGGACAGGGAAGAAGGUGAUGGUGGCCAUAGAUGAAAGUGAUGACAGUUACUAUGCACUCAUUUGGUUGCUCAAAACUCUCAAGGAAUCACUACGAAGCAAGCCCGUUUUACUCUUCAUGGUUCAGCCUGCAAUUGAUAGCAACUACAUUUUUUCAGCUUCCCUUGGCUCUGCUCGCCUCUACUCUUUACUUUCACCCAGACCAGAUUUUGUGAACUCAUUCAAGGAGAAUCAGGAAAAGCUUGCACUGGCUCUGUUGGAGAGAGCCAAGAGUAUUUGUGCUAGUCAUGGGGUGGAUGCAGAGAUCUGUAGAGAGGAAGGUGAUCCAAGAACGGCCUUAUGUGAUGCAGUAGUAAAGCAUAAUAUUGAUUUGCUUGUGUUGGGAGAGCGUGAGCUUGGAACAAUAAAAAGGGCUCUUAUAGGAAGUGUGGGAAACUACUGUGUCCAAAAUGCCAAAUGCCCUGUCCUUGUGGUGAAGAAACCAGAGUAGUAUUUUAUAUCUGCCACAUUAACAGUGCAAUAUUAGCAGGAAACUUCUGGCUUUUGGUUGACUUGAUCUUGUGAUAUUGUAAUAUGUACAUCAGUACAUAGUCAUCUUGGAUCUUAUCAUCCGGCUCUGGAAAGAGUGACAAAGAUGAAAGUGUGUGCCUGGUUUUCUAUCAACCAAAAAUCAGUCUGUUAAAAGUUUAUUUAACAAAAAUUAAUUUAGUAAAAGUUAGGUGCUGUAACAAAAUUUCUAUUUGAAUGUAUUUUUUUAAAAGUCAAUUUAAUAAAUUGAACUUUAUUUGGAUAUUAUAUGAUGAAAAGUAUAUUUAAAAGUAAUAAAAAUGUAUACAUAAUAUAAAACUUGAAAUAUCUAAAUUAUAGAAAAAAUAUAUAUCUACAUAUUUUUAUAUCUUGUUUCAAUUUUGAAUUAGUUCUCUAUAGUUUAUUUUAAAUUAGGCUUUUGUAACUUGAAAAGUAAUUUUGUUUUGGUAUUGAUUGAAACCCAUGGGGAUUAAUAUAUCUAAUGGAUCAAACAAUAAGGUUUUAAUUAAAACAAAAUAGAUUAUAGGGACUUAAUUCAUAAUUGAUAAAAUUAUAAGAUGGCACAGAAACCUCUCUCUAAACAAAGUUCUCUGUUUAUUCUCUAAUUUGAUAAUCGUACAAAGGAAAUGACACGACUAUUUAUACUAAACCUUAGAUCCAAAGACUUAAAUGUUGAAAAAGGAGUUUCAGCUAUUACAUGAGCUAUUACAUGUGUUUAUUACCCUAUGAAAGUUAUAAAGAAUUAUGGCAUUCAAGGUUAUCAAUGGAGGAGUUACAUUCAAGCAUUCAAGGUUAUCAAUGGAGGAGUUACGUUCAGGCUUCUAUUUCAUCUUCCUUGUGUUCAGUGAAACUCGCCCUCAAGUCAAAUUCAGCAUUAUCAUUAAUGUAAGGGGAUAGAUCAGCAACAUUGAAGGUGGCAGACACUCCAUAAGAUCCAGGAAAUUUCACCUUAUAAGCAUUAUUGUUGAUCUUUUACACAAUCUUGAAUGAACCAACAGCUCUUGGGGACAACUUGGCGUUUGACUGUUUAGGAAAUCGUUCCUUUUAUAGAUAUAUCCAAACCAAGUCUCCUAUCUUAAAAGUUUGCUAUUUUCGAUGCUUGUCACAUUGA